AUGUCAGAUAUGAAGGCGCAAGAAGAGGUGCAUGGCAUCUCAUCUGCCAUUGAGCAUGAGCCUCGUGUACUCGCUGGUUAUGGUGAAACUACCAAACGUGAGGGUGCAAAGACUAAAGAAGUUCACAAUGCCGAUCUGUUUGCUGCAAUUGAGGAAACAAAGAUUGAAAGAUGGAGCAAAGAGUCUAUUCAUCUGUAUUUCUGCAUUUUCAUUGCUUUCUGCUGUGCCUGUGCAAACGGUUAUGAUGGAUCACUCAUGGGAUCUAUCCUAGCCAUGGACCAUUAUCAAGAUGUUUUCAAUACCGGAAUGGAUGGUCCUAAAGUCUCCGUCGUCACUUCCCUCUAUACGGUCGGUUCCAUCGUCGCGACACCAUUCAGUGCUGUCAUCUCCGACAGGCUCGGCCGUCGCAAGUGCAUGUUCGUUGGCGCAUGGAUUAUUAUCAUCGGCUCCGUCAUCAUCGCCAGCGGAAUGACAUUGCCACAAUUCGUCGUCGGUCGAUUCGUCCUCGGUCUCGGAAUUCAGGUCAUGAUUGUCUCGGCUCCAGCCUACGCCGUCGAAAUUGCCCCGCCUCACUGGCGUGGUCGUGCAGUUGGAUUCUACAACUGCGGUUGGUUUGGAGGCUCGAUCCCCGCGGCCGCUAUCACAUAUGGUUGCAACGAAAUUAGAAACAACUACCAGUGGCGAAUUCCUUUCAUCUGCCAGUGCUUCGCUUGUGUUAUUGUCAUCUGCUCGGUUUGGUUCAUUCCCGAGUCGCCCCGUUGGCUCAUGACUCAGGGACGCCAUGAAGAGGCUCAUGCCUUUUUGACCAAGUAUCAUGGAAAUGGUGACCCCAACGCUCGCUUGGUCAGACUUGAGAUUGAGGAGAUGAAGGAGGGUAUCCGAGUUGAUGGCAUCGACAAAAGAUGGUGGGACUACCGCCCCUUCAUUACCACACACAGCGGUCGCUGGCGUUUUGCCCAGGUUAUCAUGAUCUCCAUCUUUGGACAGUGGUCCGGUAAUGGACUUGGCUACUUCAACGCCACUAUCUUCAAGGUUAUCGGGUACGAGGAAAGUUCCACUCAGCUUUUGCUCAACCUCGUCAACUCUAUCGUCUCUGCCAUCGGCGCUCUCACUGCUGUCCGUCUGACGGACAAAAUGCCCCGUCGUCCCGUGCUUAUCUAUGGUACCUUUGCUUGCGCUGUCUUUUUGGCCAUCAAUGCCGGUAUCCUACAAGAGGUUGCCAACACAGGCCACAUUGGCAAAACCAAGGGUCAGGCCGCUCUUGCAUUCUACUACCUCUUCAACGUCGUUUUCUCGUUCACCUACACCCCCCUCCAGGGUGUCAUCCCAGCGGAGGCUUUGGAGACUACAACUCGUGCCAAGGGUUUGGCACUUUCUGGCUUCAUGGUCAGUAGUAUCAGUUUCAUCAGUCAGUUUGCGACGCCUAUUGGUAUGGCAAAUAUCUCCACCAACUACUUCUGGAUCUUCGUCGGAUGGGACGUCAUCGAAUCCGUUUUCUGGUACUUCUUUUGUGUCGAAUCUCAGGGCCGUACUUUGGAAGAGUUGGAGUGGGUGUACCAGCAGCCGAACCCUGUCAAAGCAUCCCAGAAUUUGGACAAGAUUGUUGUCCAGAGCGAUGGAACUGUGACGGAAAAGAUCGAAGAUGAUGUGUGA